AGGACUCUUUUUUAAUUUUACUACGUUAUAUAUGUAUUUAUAUUCAUAAUGAACACGAGUAUAAUAAUUACGUCUGUGUCGAUCGUGUCAUGUACUAUAGUAUUACCUACAAUAAUGAAAUCUCCUUUGAUUAAUACUUUUUCUUUGGCUAUCUUAAAUGUAGACUUCUGCCAUGUAGAGCUUGCGAUAGUGUAUUGACGAAGGGGAAAGAUCCAACCGUUGCCUUGGCAACGUAGGGCCAAACAUUUCCCUAGCAUGAGAAAAUGUCUGAGACGCAGAAUGUUCCAAGUGAGAAGUGUCAAAGCAAAUGUUAAGGUUGCCAUAUACAAGAGAAAAACCAUUUCUGAUUUUGACAUUUUGGUUUACAUUUUGGUUGAUCAUGGAGGUACCGCAGACCUUUCGAAGAUGGGCGAAAAAGCGCCUGAAGGAGGAAUUCGAAGGAGUCAUCGAGGAAGGACUGGAGGCCAAAGAAGAGCCUCAGGAGAUCGCUCAGCGAGUGAUAAACUCAAAAUACAUGGCAGCACUUCUGAACUCAACAAAAGCAGCUUUCGCAGAGCACGGGGUAUCAAGAUCUCGCUCUGAAAUGUCUUGCGAGUUCCAGCCUCAGUCUUCGGUGUCCAUUGGCAGCGAUCUCUCUGGAGACGACUGGUGUCCUCUGAAGAAUCAUACCGAUCGAUAUAGUUACAUCUUUGCCAAGAUCGAUUACGAUAAACCAGUUCACGUGAGGCUUGCUGGGUACGAAGCGUUAUUAAAGAGUGACCCGAGUGGCAUAGGCAGUACCGACUUGUGGGAAGUGCUGCUGAAAACACUGCGUGAUGGCAUCGCAGACACCAGCCGACCCAUCUUCGAGGCCAGUUUGCAGGUGCACGCGAAACUCCUAAAUGGUCCACACUCCCACGAGACUUGCGCAAAUCUGUUAACAGCUUUCAAAGCUCAGUACCACUCGAAGAAACUGCACGACGCCCUGCCAACUGUCACGUCUGGUAUUAACUUAAAAAUCUUCCAGCACGAAAAGUUGUUUCGCAUCGUGCAUCUGAUUGUUCGUUACCAAGAGGAGAUUCUGAAGACCAUAAGGGGCAUCGAUAAGACUAUCGAGGAAACAAUUGAUCAAUUUGUGACGUUCCUAGGCUCGCAGACCAGUGUACCAUUGAUUUCAAUCCAAACUAGGACUCUGACCCCUCUUAAUAUAGUUUCGGUGCUCGAGCCCCAAGCAAAGUGGAGCAGAAAGUGGAUACAUGGCUUGGCCACGAGGAGACCUCUCAUCUCAGCACUGAACAAGUCUCCAAACCUGCUGCGACAGAUGAUUCUGCUUGCUCAAAGUGGACUUACAAAGCCUCCAUUAUCGGUAUCGCUGUCUAUCCAGGACGAACCAUCGGAAGCGUACAUCUCUGGAGACACCGUCGAAGCCAUGACUUACAUCCACUGCCUGACAUUCCUUUCGCAGCUUUGCGGUAACGCAGCAGGUCAAGAAUUACUUUCAGAGAGCCAGCUGGAUGUUUCUUUCUCCCCUUCUGAAUUUCUAAUAGCUUCGCUGAGUUCUCUGAACCACUUGGCUUCAUCGGAGACACCAAAGGGAAUAUACGAAGCGUGUCGAGCAGCACUGCGACACGUUUUGGAUAAGCCAACGGUCCUCUUCGAUAGCAGAUUCUACCACGUUGCCCUCAGUCCAUUAAUUCGUUGCACCGAAACAGAACCAAAACUGUGGCCACACACGUUGGAUGUCAUGAUGCACACUUUAACAACUGUCGAUGGUCUCUGGUUCAUAAUUUCUGAGUAUCGAGUAGGGUCUGCUAGUGUUGAGCAGAUCACCAGCUCCCCAGCCGUUGCCAUUUUGGAACAUACGUCGAAUUUACUUCACCAGCCUUUCUCUGUCAUGGAUGUCGAAUGUGUCAUCGGUCUCUUCAAAUUCCUGGAAAACUUGUUCGAGGCAUACGAUGUCUUCGAUGUCUUGCAAGAGUCGUUGAAACGUCACUUUUUCCCUGCUGUGACGUAUCUGUAUAAUAAAAUGAACAAGUACUGUAUCAAGAAUGAGACUAAGAUGCAGAGUCUUCAUAGUGCAACAAGGAGAAUAUUACUGAAGAUAAGCUCCAUCCCUAUUGGCCUGUACAUGUUAUCCACUGAACCACUAGUGUUCGAAGAACUGAUCCGAAGCUCCAUCGUACCGUUAAGAUCCUCCUGGAGUUCUAAUGACAUUAUUGGCUUCGUGGCCUCCGCUGCAUUCUUCAAAACAGGGUUCCAAGUACUCUCCGAUCUGGCACCGCAGGCCAUGUCGACACUACUGACCGAUCUGCGUACAAUUCUGGAAGAUCCUCAUCAGUUCUACGAUCCAUGGAAUGAUCCUCACGUCAUGAAGUUCCUACAUAUAGUUAGUUUGCUCUCCCUCAACACUAAAUGUUUCAUGGCAUUUCUUGUGAACUCUGGGGACAGCGAUGAGACCGAGUAUCCCAAAGAUUUGUUCCAGCUUUUGCAACAUUCUCUGGAUUUUGACUCGACUUAUCAUUACCUGGCUCUUCGAACCCUGAACGAAGUCAUUUGGAACUUGGACAUUCACAUCUACUUGGAAAAUAUGCUCGAUUUUCAGAGUGAACUAUUAACUCUUCAGAAGAAUUGUACUUGGGAGACCGAAGAGGAUGGUAACAUAAAGCUUGGCUUUGUCAUCGAUGAAUGCAGUUCUUUGCGUCACGAAAUUCUCCUGCGCUCUUACUACGUUAGAAACCUGCACGAUGAGUGUACGAAGAAUCAGGAGCAGUAUGAAUUGUUUUCACAGUUUCCUCCGUCACAGAAAUGCUUAGAAACAUUAGACGAUGCCGAAGCAGCAUCUUCUUCGGAGCUUGAUUUAAUUCUUCAGAAAAGUAAGCCUGGCUUACGUGACAGUGGUUGGAUAUCGGAAGUCAGGAAAGCACAUAAGAACUCAUUGGGUCCAGUAAAGAAUUCAACACUGAUUGGGUUGCUGGAUCAGAUACAGAAUGUCAUCCCUACAUCGGAGUGGGUAGACGACUAUAAGUGGCCAGACAUCGACGACUGCGAAAAGGAUUUUUUCUUUCCUGAAGAAUUACACGGCAUUGACUUGGCUUUGCAUUAUGCAGAGCUAAAUGGAACUCUGGAAAACACACCACAGGCGAAGAAGGAAUUGAAAGUAUUCAUAAGAAGUGCCCACAGUUUUAUAAAAUACGAAGCACCGAAGAAAUUCGAGAGCUUCGACUGGUUCCUAGCGACGAUCUUCAUGAUCUGCACUGGAAACAUGGAAAAAUGCAAAGUAUUCGUGACACGACUCAUUCGAUGCCCAUCGGCAGUCUUUGUAUGGCAAGCACUGGGUCGAACAGUGGACCAAAAGAAUGUCGCAGAGGCUAGCACUCGGUUUGUCUUGAUACACCUUUUGAGAAGCAUCGUAAGCACCGAGUUCCCUGCUGUUAGACACAACUUAAAGAAUGAUUUAGGAUUGGACUGGUGGAUGGUCUGCGACAGGCUAUUGUCACAAUGCUUCUGGGGAGUACUGUCCUGGACAGAGAUCCUACACUUUCUUAGCAUUUGUAUAUUAUAUCCAUCGGAUUACGUACUCUAUUAUUGCGCUUCCCUACUUCACCACUGCCAGCGUACCAUGUUACAAAAUACCACAGAUGGUCAGAUGUGGCCGGAACAUAUGAAUCUCGAGGAGUACCACUGUCACGAACAAAUCCUUUUCAUGGAUCGUUUGUGUAAAAGGCAUAGGAAUAAAGUCUUGCCAAUUCUAUCCCAACGACAUUUGGACGUUUCGGAGUAACGAAUGAUAAUUUAUGGAUCACUGGGAGCAGUUAUGAUAAUGGUUUAUCAAUGAAAUUGGUCCCGAUAACAAACUUUGGGCAAUCGCAGGGCACGGAAAAAGAAACACCAGUUCCCACAGCCAAUCGCCAGUGCUUCGGCAUCAUUUAUGUUCAAUAAAAAAUUGGAACAGAAGGAAUACAUUUAACAGAUC